AUGGACGGAAGACUGAUUAUACAUGUGUUCAAGGUUCACGGCGUUGCCUUCAAGAAGCGAGCACCCCGUGCGAUCAAGGAGAUCCGCAAGUUCGCCACGCUGGCUAUGGGCACACAAGACGUCCGCCUAGACCCUCAACUGAACAAGAAGGUGUGGGAGAGCGGUAUCAAGGGCGUACCAUUCCGCCUGCGUGUGCGCAUCAGCCGAAAGCGUAACGACGAAGAGGGGGCCAAGGAGAAGCUGUACAGCUACGUCCAGGCCGUCAACGUCAAGGAAAGUGAGGCCAAGGGUCUGCAUACCGUCGUGGUCGAGGACUCGUAG